AUGUCUACAACUACUGUCAACUCGGAUAUCAUCAUGAGUUCUCUGUCUCCAUCAUCAUUCGGAAUCCGUCAACUUACAAAUGCUGACGUCCCCAAAGCAGCAGCGACUUUACUUGAUGCAUUUCUGGGGGAUCCAUUGUCGAAUUAUUUGGUUCAUCACAUCAAUGAGCCUGCAAAACGUACACAAUGUGAAUUGGCCUUAUACGAGGGGUAUUUACGACAGCAUAUGACUAAAGGCUUGGUAUUUGGACAAGGAGAAACUGAACAGCUGUUUGAAACAGUAAGUAUUUGGUCUACUCCAACGAGUGCUGAGCAAGGCUUGGAAUCUUUUAGCCAUUUAAUGGAAUCAGGUUAUGAUAAAGUAUGGAAUUUGUUUGGGGCGCAAGGCAGAGAUAAAAUAUUCCAAGGAUUAAUGCCACUAUUACACGACUCGUUUGAUAGGAUUACCACCAGUGACAAACGAUUUAGAGGUAAAGACGUGUAUACGUUGGUGUAUGUUGGGUCAACCGCUGCUGCUCGCGGUAAAGGUAAUUUACGCAAAUUAUUCACGUUCAUGUUUGAUAAUUAUAUUGAUUGUGAUGGCAGUGGUGGUGUUUUGACUUAUUUGGAAAGCUCAUCCCUGGCUAACAUUCCUAUAUAUGAACGAUUUGGAUUUCAUUUGGUUGAGAAUAUUGUGUUGGGUGAAAAAGCAGGGGUUGAGGGGAAAGAUUGCGCGGUGAUGAAUGUGAUGAUUAGAGGAAUAAAAGGUGCCGAUUGGACUAAGGAUAACUGCAGAUUAUAA